AGUGGGAGGUGCGCGAGGACGCGACAGAGGAAGAAAAAAAAAAAAAAAAAACAAGCAUCCAACCAACAACGGGCUGAUGGUGCGGGGUCACGAACUAUGACCUUUAACAGCAGGAAAACAAAACAUUUAUUUUAUAAAAUAGCAGAGAACUUAAAUUCUUUGUUCGUCCACUCUUGGAGUCCUCACUAAUGACCUUACAUCAUUAUGACGGCCAGCCUGGAUCUGCUUGCUCAGCAGAAAACUGACUUGAAACACAAGCCAGAGGUGUCAUUGUGCCCAACCGACUCUGACUCAGAGUCAGUCACCUCAGUGCUGUCAGGUUAUUUCCAGUGAGGCUUCAGCAACGCCACAGCAGAGUCAAGUAAUGUCACACGAUUGUAACUGACCAUCAAACAGGUCAAAAGAUUCAGAUUGUGACAGCCAUGAAUCCUUCUAGUGCUGCCAACCAGCGAUUCAUUUUUACCACAGCUGAUAGCUCCGGAGCAGGCAAGGUUAUUCUGACCUCUCCAGAUAACCACAACACCAAGCAGCUCAUCUUUACCUCUGCAGACAGCUUGAUGUCAGGAAGAAUAAAGAUUGUCACAGAUCCAUUGUCAAUGGAGCACUUACUUGGGCAGUCUGGCGAUUUGGGUCGGCCACAGACAGCGGAAUACUGUGUGGUGUGUGGAGACAAGGCUUCAGGCCGUCACUAUGGAGCGAUGAGUUGUGAGGGGUGUAAAGGUUUCUUCAAGCGAAGUGUGAGGAAAAACCUUACCUACAGUUGCCGCAGUAAGCAGGACUGCAUCAUCAACAAGCACCAUCGCAACCGCUGCCAGUUCUGCCGGUUGAAAAAAUGCCUGGACAUGGGAAUGAAGACUGAGUCUGUUCAGAGUGAAAGAAAACCAGUUGACGUGCCAAGAGAGAAACAUGUCAACUGUGCUGCCUCCACACAGAAGAUCUACAUCCGUAAGGAUAUCAACAGUCCGCUCAUUGCCACACCAACAUUUAUCUCGGAAACAGGGUCAAAUGGCUCCAGAUCAAGCCCGCUGGACCACGGGAUGCUGGUUAAUAUCCAACAGCCUGUCAUGGACACUGAUGGAACGCUGUUGUUGGCGACUGACUCAAAGAUGGAGUCCAGCCAUGGUGAUUUGGGGACGCUUGCAAAUGUGGUGACAUCACUGGCCAACCUGAGUGACUCAUUGAAGCAGAAUUUGAAAAAUGGGGAUUCAUCAGACUGCCAAUAUGUAGAGAAUAGCACUACAGAAAUAACACGUGCCUUUGACACCCUGGCCAAAGUGCUCAAUCCACCUUAUGUAGGAGUCAUGGCUGACAAGUGUCUUAGCGGGACAGCCUUUCAACUCAUUGGCCGAGACCAGGAGACCACAAUCAUUGAGGUUGAAGGGCCGCUGCUUACAGAUGGCCAUGUCGGCUUCAAGCUUGCCAUGCCUAGCCCCAUGCCUGAAUACCUGAAUGUACACUAUAUCUGUGAAUCUGCCUCCAGGCUUCUCUUCCUCUCCAUGCACUGGGCACGCUCCAUCCCAGCCUUCACAGCUCUUGGCCAGGAAGCAAACACCAGUUUGGUGCGAGCCUGCUGGAAUGAGCUCUUCACUCUGGGUCUCGCUCAGUGUGCUCAUGUGAUGAACCUGUCCACCAUCCUGGCUGCCAUUGUCAACCACCUGCAUUGCAGCCUCCAGGAUGACAAGAUGUCAGGGGACAGAGUAAAGCAGGUGAUGGAGCACAUCUGGAAGUUCCAGGAGUUCUGCAACAGCAUGACAAGAUUGGAGACAGACAGCUAUGAGUACGCUUACUUGAAGGCCAUUGUGUUGUUCAGUCCAGAUCAUCCAGGUAUGGACUGCGGCGGACAGGUGGAAAAGUUUCAAGAGAAAGCCAUGAUGGAGCUGCAGGACUACGUGCUGAAGACAUAUCCAGAGGACACCUACAGGUUGACUCGUGUUCUGACCCGUCUGCCAGCGCUACGCCUCAUGAACUCAAACAUCACAGAGGAGCUUUUCUUCACUGGCUUGAUUGGUAAUGUUUCCAUUGACAGCAUCAUUCCCUACAUCCUCAAGAUGGAAACGGCUGAAUACAACAGCCAGGAUGCUGACCCCACAGAGUGACCGACGUCUCUUUUUUGGGAAAAACAAAACCAGAAAUGUCCUCUUCAGGUACUCUUUGUCCUUUUAGGGUAUCUUUUUGUCAAAGCCCUUAUGAGCAUCCUGCAUUGACCUCUUGUUUUCUGUGCUCAUUAUUCACAAAUCCCUCUCAGUGUUUCUAGUCAUACAAGCUAAUUCCAUGUCAAACCCCAACCUUUCAAAUUGCUCUUGUUGUUUUAUACAUUCAGGAUGAUAAUAUACAUUGCUCGUUCAAAAUGAGCUUUAUGAAAUAUAUUUAAAUGUCCCCUGUCCCUGCAUUUUAAAUGUACUUUAUCAUUGGUGUGGCACAAACUGGUAUGCAAUACCUGGUCCUGUGCUUUUUUUCUGUAAUGUAAGGUAAUAAUGAAUAGAAAUAUGCAUUGCAAUGCCUUUACUAAUGGGUUUUCUUAUUUGGAAUACAUGGAACUAACAACUGGAAAGAGAUCAUCCAUCAGGUACUCAAAAUCUACUCAAUGUAACAGCAGCAGACCUCAGUCUUUUAAUGUGUAAGGUGCUUUAGUAAUAGCUCAUUUACAUUAUUAGUCCAUGUAUUUAUUCAGUAUUUAAGUUCUAGCUUUCUUACACACAAACAACCAAAUGAACAGAUUAGAUUGUCUAUUUGUAUUUUUUAUUGAUAAAUACUAGUUGGUUUUUUUAUGUUCAUGUAAACCUUUUAUUGGUGGCCUACCUUGAAUGUGGAUAAUAUAUCCUGUGCAAUCACCUCAUCACUUUUCCCUUUAUGACAAUCAUUAUUUGUUUAUUUCUUAGCCCAUCAGUGUCUCUCUUGACUGUCAACUUUGUAUAUUUAUUUAUCAAAAGCAUUUAUUGUUUUCAUUUACCAGGUAUUACAUACAUAUAUUUGUUUGAAAACAUGUUACUUAUGUAUAGCUAUGGUACUGUGUUUGUGCUUGAAUUUCAAUUAAUGUGCACAUCAGUCAACUUCAGUGGCGUUUAUACAUCAAUCUUUACUAAACUGAACUUUGUGUUUUUUUAUGUUUUCUAAAAGCUAUACUAUGUUCUGAACAAUGUUGCUUGUUGCAUACUAAGUGUACUUAAAACAAUAUUGGGCAGGUUUCCCUGAUUUCGAAAGGAAAGUAAAAAGAGCAAAGUAUCCUGAGGACUUUAUGCAGCAGUUUCCUGCUUGGAUAAUGAUUUAGAAAAUGUAUCCAUGAAUGACAAGUUAAAAACGUUUCUAAAUGCAGAACAUGUUCAUUUUCAUUUGGGUUUAAAACCCAUUAAGACUUUGUAAAGUCCUAUGUUGAAACUUACUUUUGUACAUGUAAUUUCAUUAAUAUGAGUGCAUGUUGUUUUAAGCUGUUUUAUAAUGUUCUUGCGGUCUGCCCUAUUAACUAACGUUUUUAUAGUGCAUUGCCAUGCAUGAAGAAGUGGCUUAUUGCAUUUUAUUAAAUGCUGUUUGGAAAAAUGGAUUAAUGUAAAUGUUGUGGCUGUAACAUAUUACAAUGAACACCUACACUUUGUAAGAUAUUUGAAAACAUUUUUUUCAUCUUCGUGGUUUGACCACGGUUAACACUUUCUACAAUGAAUGUUCCCAACUUUAACUCACAUAUUAGUUCAAAAUGGUACAUUUGAGUCUUGCAUUUCUACCUCACUGAUGGAAACGUAAUUUAGUCGAUUACCUGCAGUCCUUUGUUAACAUUCCAGUCUCUGAGGCUGGCUUUGUCAAAGCCACGCAUAUGAAAGAAAUAAAACAUUAUACAACAAAUUUGGCAGUCACAUCGUAAAUUUUCACAUACAUAAUUACACCAAGGCUAGCACGGUGUAACGGGUUAGUGUGUGUGUCUCACGAUAACAAGGUCCCGGGUUCGGGGUCUUUCUGUGUGGAGUUUGCAUGUUUCCCCCGUGACUGCGUGAGUUCCCUCUGGGUACUCUGGCUUCUUCCCACCUCCAAAGACAUGCACCUGGGGAUAGGUUGAUUGGCAACAAUUGGCCCUAGUGUGUGAAUGUGAGUGUGAAUGUUGUCUAUCUGUGUUGGCCCUGUGAUGAGGUGGCCACUUGUUCAAGGUGUACCCCGCCUUGCGCCUGAGUGCAGCUGGAAUAGGCUCCAGCACCCUCUGCGACCCCGAGAGGGACAAGUGGUAGAAAAUGGAUGGAUGGAUGACUACAUAGGUGCCGAUCUACAUUUCUGCCAGUGGGUGCUCGGUGUCUGUAUAUUAAAAAAAAAAAAAAAAAGACGUUCAGCGAAGUUAAUAUCCCAUAUGAUUUGUGGCUUUAUUAUUUUGGAAAACCAACCAAACUCGCCACAAAAUUAACUACAAGAUUGAUUUAAAAAAAAAUAUUUUAAAGAUUGAAAGUUGCCAUCAAUCCCACGUG